CGGGCCGGAAGUGGUCGGCCCCGCCCCGGAAGAGCUCGGGGCGGAGACGGGCGCGGGUCGGGACGGGAGUGGGACGACUCCGCUGCUGCGUUAGGUUUGCACCGGAGCUAAGAUGGCGGCGCAGACGCAGAGCGGGAUUCGCCUCAGCGCGCUUUGUCCAAAGUUCUUGCACACAAAUUCUACCAGUCACACUUGGCCGUUCAGUGCAGUUGCAGAACUUAUAGACAAUGCUUAUGAUCCAGAUGUGAAUGCUAAACAGAUAUGGAUAGACAAAACAGUAAUAAAGGGCAACAUAUGUUUGACAUUUACUGAUAAUGGAAAUGGUAUGACUUCAGAGAAAUUGCACAAAAUGCUCAGCUUUGGCUUCAGUGACAAAGUUACAAUAAAUGGCCGCGUUCCAGUGGGACUGUAUGGAAAUGGAUUUAAAUCAGGAUCUAUGCGCCUGGGAAAAGAUGCGAUUGUUUUCACCAAAAAUGGAGAGACCAUGAGUGUCGGCCUGUUAUCUCAGACCUUCCUAGAAGCUACAAAGGCAGAACAUGUCAUUGUUCCGAUAGUAUCAUUUAACAGGCAACGGCAAAUAAUUAAUCCAGAUUACAAAGCCAGCCUAAAGGCCAUCCAGGCACAUUCUUUGUUCUCUACUGAGGAGAAGUUACUGGCAGAGCUUGAUGCUAUCAUGGGGAAAAAAGGAACAAGAAUCAUCAUUUGGAACCUUAGAAAAGAUAAAGAUGGAGAAACAGAGCUUGAUUUUGAUAAGGAUAAAUACGACAUCAGAAUUCCAGAAGAUUUAGAUGAAGCAACAGGGAAAAGAGGGUAUAAAAAACAAGAGAGACAGGACCAGAUUGUGCCUGAAAGUGACUAUUCGUUACGGGCUUACAGCAGUAUUUUGUAUUUGAAGCCAAGAAUGCAAAUCAUUAUCAGAGGACAAAAAGUGAAAACGCAGUUGAUUUCCAAAAGUCUUGCAUACAUUGAACGUGAUAUUUAUAGACCAAAAUUUUUGGCUGCUAAAACUGUAAGAAUCACCUUUGGAUUUAACUGCAGAAACAAAGACCAUUAUGGAAUAAUGAUGUAUCACAGAAACAGACUCAUCAAAGCUUAUGAAAGGGUUGGCUGUCAAUUAAAGGCAAACAACAUGGGUGUUGGUGUAGUUGGGGUUAUAGAAUGUAACUUCCUAAAACCAACUCAUAAUAAACAAGAUUUUGAUUAUACCAAUGAAUACAGACUUACAAUAGCGGCACUGGGAGAAAAACUUAAUGAUUACUGGAAUGAAAUGAAAGCAAAGAAAAAUGAAGAAUAUCCUCUAGAUUUGCCAGUAGAGGAUCUACAAAAACGACCUGAUCAGACAUGGGUUCAAUGCGAUUCAUGUCUGAAGUGGCGGAAGCUUCCAGAUGGGAUAGAUCGCUUGCCAGAGAAGUGGUACUGUUCGUUGAAUCCUGAUCCACAGUUCAGGAAUUGCAGUGUACCAGAAGAACCUGAAGAUGAUGACCUAAUACAUCCGACAUAUGAGAAAACAUGUAAGAAAAAAGACAGGGAAAAACUAAGGAGGCGACUGGAGUACAGCCAACAGGUUAAUAAUGAAAUGUAUUUUAAAACACCUUCUGUCUCUUCAAUCAAAAAUGCAUUGUCAUCUAUAAGUAGAAAGGAGGGUGCUCUAAGAUCACACUUAACAGAAGCCUUAAACAUUUCUGUUACAAGAUCUAUAAACACUUCGAAUAAUAGAUUAGUAUCUUCACCUCAUUUGGAUCCUGAAAACAGCCUUAAACGGAAGAUUUCUGGUUGUUCACCUAUUACUUCAAAGACACCACGAUUAAAUAACCACACAUUUGACAAUCACACUGAAGAUGACGAUGAUGAGGAUGUCAUCAUCUUAGAGGAGAGCAGUACUCCAAAGCCUGCAGCAGACUGUGAUGUUACAAUAGUAAAAACUGAGCAUAUUAACAUGGAACAAGGCAGCAUGCAAGAGGAGCCUUGUGGUGCAGCUAGUUCAGAAGAUAAAUAUGAGCAGUGGACUGCAUCAACCCAAACUGAGAUCCCAAGUUUAGUUGUUAAAAAGGAAGAAGUAGAAGAUUAUGCAGAUAUGCAGUUACUCAGAUCAACGUUGGAAACAAGCCAAGAAGAAAUCAUUAAUGCUUCUGAGACAUCUUCUGUGGAUUUUAGCAUCAAAUUAAAUGAACUAAGAAAUCAGCUGCAAGUAGCAAACCAAGAAAAAGAAAAUUACCGAAAACAGUGUGAAAUGUUAACCAACCAGAUGAAAAUAUUAGAGCAGAAGAUACUAGAAAUGAAUGAUAACUAUGUGAAAAAGGAAAUGUGUCAUCAGUCAACUGAGACUACUCUUAUAUUCCCAGAUGACAAAGUAGAAAAUUUCAAAGAGAAAAGUCCAGAAGAAGUGGCUAUUUUAUAUGAGCAGGCCUUAAAAGAGAUGGAAAAGCUAAAGGAACAGUGUAGUACUUUGCUAAAUUUAAAAACGGAAUGCAGCAAAUGUUCUAACAAUGAAAAUAAAAAUGAGGUGGAUGAAAUUGCUGUGCAACUUGAUGAUGUCUUCAGACAACUGGACAAAUGCAAUACUGAGAGAGAUCAAUAUAAAAGUGAGGUCUGCCUGAUUGAGGAGCAAACUUUGACAUCAAACCACCCUAUUCUCUCUCAUCAACUAUCAGUCAUUUUCCUCUUCUUUCUACCCUUUGACAUCAGUGAUCUGAGCUCAUGAUGAAAGCUACCCCAUUCAUUUUCUUUUUUUCUCCAAACUAAAAAAUCCAUCUUUCAAGAUUAUACUUCUGCCUCUACACCAUGUAGUUUCCUGCAGAUAUUGUAUAUGGAUUUUCUUUCUAGUCAUUGCCUCUACCACCUCUCCUGACCUACCCCUAAGUGAACCUACAUUCCAAGUUGCUAUUCUCAGGACUUUGCCAAUUUGUCGCUGUUGCCUGGAAAAGAGUGUCAGUUACAUGUUUUAAAUACUUGCAUUCAAAGAACACACCAAGAGCCUAGGAGCUAAGUAGCCCACUCAUGGCUGACCCUGCUGUGGUUUUAAUUUGGAGUUGACCUUCUCCUAGAUCAGCUGCCAUCCAAAGCUUCUGACACCCAAUCUGGCAUCUUUUGUGAGGAGUAAAAUUUUCAUUUUGGAGAGAAGCCAUUAAUUUUUUUAAAAAAAUAUUCUAAACAAAAUUGCUGUGUGUUAUGGAAAUUGAUCAGUUUGGGUAAUUUGUCUCCAUCUUUUUCAAAACAUUUUUUAGAGGAGAGUAUCUAUACUCUGCCAUUACUUUUUGCUCACCAAGAAUUAGCUAAAACCAAGAAAGUGACAGCUAAUUUUAGAAACGAACAGGUUUUAUUUUUGGAAUUCACACAGGAUGGAUAAAUUAGUUUUUAAAAGAUCAAUUCUUUAAAUGUUGCUAGUUAUUUCCCUAUCUUAUAAUAUUAAAUUGCUAAUGUGGAUGUUUUGUAUGUUUCUUUGGCUUUCUAAUUGUUGAUAGAAUUUCAGAUUUUAUAGAGUGCGCCCUUCCAAGUUUCAUACUUUACUUUUUCAGCAUAGAUGAGCAUUUUAAGAGCCUCAUUAAUAGCCUUAAUCUGAAAACAACACACAGAUACAGAAUUGAUAAGUAAAUUGCCCAUGUUGUGUUUGUACUCAAGUCCACUUUUUGAUAUAUUGAACUUCCACAAGUCAAGAAAGCUGAAAUGCUUUGACCAGUCUAUACUCAACCAUCAGGGUUUGCAGUGUGAAAUCAAUGGAACUUGUGCUCCUAAAUAUGUUAAGUGCUUUUGAAAAUCCAACUGUUAGGUGUCUAAAUUAGCUUUAAAUGCCUAACUUUAGGCUUCUGUUUUUGAAAAUUUUGGCAUAUGUAAAGUAUGUUCACUAAUGUAUUGAAGGUCUUAACUUCUGAUAGUGAAUAUUGAAGCAAUUUGUUUUGAAUGGAAAGAUUUUAUGGCACUAAGACUUUUUAAUAACUACAAUUUUAACCUCUGAUACCACAAACACUUGUGUACACUCAUGUUGGUUUCAAGCAGAUGAGUAGUCACAUUGAAGAAAAUCUGAUAUUAAUGUGAGCAGAAUUACGUACCUGCUUAAAUGUUUGCAGGAUCAUGGUUUUAAUUUUCAAUAUUUUGUUUUCCUGUAGCAUUUUUGUAAAAUAUAGAUAUGAUACCCAACCAGUAGUGACGUUUUUAGAAAGCAUAAUUUAGUUAAUUUUAAUUUAUUGCAGUAAAACAAAUUUUCAGAUUCGUUUUUUAAAGCAUCAGUAAACUUUUAAAAAUCAAGUGAUUUGAUCAUUAGUUAAGCCAAUAAUUUAAAUCGCCUUAUUUUUA